CUUUCUGGGAGAGUGUGGAAAAACCUUUGCUUAUAAAAUUUUUAGAAUUCCGUUUACGCGAAGGCAAUUUAAGUGAUUCGAAAACAGAGCACCACCGUUACAGUGAAGAACUAGAUACUAUCGUAGAAUACUUAUCUGAUUCAUGUGAGAUUGUGGAGCAAGUGAACAAAUGGAAAAUUUCAUUUAAGAAUGAUAAAAGUUCCAAAAAAGUAAAAGAUUUCUGGGAAUUGUACGAAGUUAUUCAAAGUGAGAGCAUGUUUUAUAAGGAAAAAUCACGUCUACAACAAAAGGACAAACUAAAUGAUCUGAAAGAUCAAAUCGGUGUUGAACAGGUGCAACAUGUAUUGAGCACAACAAAAGAAACAUUUUCCCAAAAUCUCGAAUUACAAAAAACCGUCAUUAAACAGCACUUGUUGAGCGAGACGAAUGCCGGAUCAAUAAUCGGACGAAAACGAAAUCGCGGUUCGGGCUUCCCGAGAAAUAAAGAACAUGAACUUGAUUCUGAUGAUCAAGAGGAAAAAUACCAGCAAAGCUCACAACAGAAGAGGAAAUGCACCGAACCAGUUGUGGACGCUGAAAAUAAUCCGUUUUUAGGAUCUAAGAAUAAUUUAGACGGAGAGAAUGAAUCUAUUUUGUCUCUUUCGGAUACUGAAAUUGUGCCCAAUUGUCCAGCAAUAAUCAAUGAUGUCAUAGGACUAGAAUUGGGACCAUUGCCUCGAAAAGAGUUCAGAUGGCCUUUUUGUGGAAAGCCAUACACAGCAGAUAUUGUAUGCUUUCAAUUUUUUUCAUUUACUAAGGUAGUUACUGCAGAAGCAAAUUUUAUAAUGUGUAGGUCGCUAUCGCAUGUCCUUUUGCUUAAACCCAAACAACAUUGCCCGUUAAUAGUGGAAGGUUUUGGAGACGAGUUACUAGUAACGAUGCAUGAUGAUAUCAUACAGAGACUUACCAAACAAGAAACAGAGUUUGAUAAUGAAUUAUUGAUGAAGCUUGUUCGCAUUGUUAAGGAAAUCACAAGAGACGAUGCAGUUUCAGAACUUCAAAUUCUUACAGUUGGCCAUUCUUAUGGAGAACGCGCAAUUUUGAAGGCCAUAAGAAACAUUAUCAAAAGAGUUCCAAGACUUGCACUAAAAAGCCCCGUUGGGGAGGUGGAACUGUGCACCACUUAUAUUGACACAAUUCUCAGCCUACUUUUUUCAGAUCCUGAUCGCAUUCAAGAAGAGAUGAAUAACUUUUAUCUCCUUUGCACUGAUCUCAUUCGGAUAGCUAUAUUUAACAAAGAUGCGAUCAACUUUUAUAAUAUGAAUUGUAUGCUCGGAUUUCAAGUUGUCGGGCGUCAUAUCACAUUCUAUCUCACUACUCUUUUGUGUGAUGUCUUAUAUGUUAUGGCAGAAGUUUGUCAUAUUGAUGUGCCUAUGUCACUUGAACAA